AUGGGCAAAUCUACUAGUAAUUUGUAUGACGUAAAACCCGCCAAGACCCAAACGCCGAAUGCACCGCUCGCCGAAUAUACCGCCGCGAAUGCACCGCUCCCAACACAUCCCGCCAGGUUUUGGUAUCACCACUACAUCAACGCUGGGGCCAUGAAGUCACGACUCGACGAUCUGAUCUUUAUGAUGUUUCGACACCGGCAAGACUCCUUUUACACUUGCAUGCAACUUCACGAUUUGGAUAAGCCAUGGGAUACAGUGGUACAGUUUUCGCGUGACCGAAGCCACAUUGCAUCUCCAGUGUACUACGCGUCAUUGCUGGGGCUUGAUGAGGUUCUGUAUAAGCUAAUCAAUAUCUGUGAAGAACACGGAAGCGAGAUAAGAGAUUUGAUCAAUGCUCGAGGUGGGUCAGAUGGCAACGCACUGCAGGCGGCAUCAAUGAAAGGUCAUGACAAGAUAGUGCAGAUAUUGGUGGAUGCGGGAGCCGACGUGAACAGUCAACAUGAAUUAUUUGGUAGCCCAUUACGGGGGGCAUCAUUAAGAGGUUAUGACAAGACGGUACAGAUACUGCUAGAUGCAGGAGGUGAUGCAAAUAUUCAAAGUGGAUAUCAUAAAAGUGCACUACGAGCGGCAUCAGCAGAAGGUCAUGACAAGAUAGUACAGAUGUUGAUAGAUGCGGGAGCUGACGCAAAUGCUCACGGUGCAUUACAGGUGGCAUCAGCAGAAGGCCACAACAGGAUAGUGCAGAUACUGAUAGAGGCUGGAGCUGAUGUAAAUGCUCACGGUGUAUUACGGGCGGCAUCAGCGGGAGGUCAUGACAAGACGGUGCAGAUAUUGAUAGAGGCUGGAGCUGAUGCAAAUGUUUAUGGUGUAUUACGGGCAGCAUCAGCGGGAGGUCAUGACAGGAUAGUACAGAUGCUGAUAGGUGCAGGAGGUGGUGCAUAUAUUCCAAGCAGCUAUCGUAACAAUGCAUUACAAGCUGCAUCAGCAGGAGGUCACGACAAGAUAGUACGGGUAUUAAUAGAUGCAGGAGCUGAUAUAAACGCUCGAGGCGCAUUACGAGCAGCAGCAGCAGGAGGUCAUGACAAGACGGUGCAGAUAUUGAUAGACGCGGGAGCUGAUGUAAAUGCUCAUUAUUGGUAUAGUGAUAGCGCGUUCAUGGUGGCAUCAGAAAGAGGUCAUAACAAGAUAGUACAGAUGUUGAAAGAUGCUGGCGCUUUGAAUGAGGAAAUCAGUAUUGGAGCCAAGGAAGAGCGAGAGGAUUGA